GUCCGUGCGCACAGAACACCGCGGGCAGUCCCAACUUGACGAGAUACGAUAAUUACGAAAAUUCUUAACCUAAUAAAUAAUUCUCUCUUAAAAAAAACAGUACAAUCAUGUAAAAUCCAAUAGUCAGUGAAAAAUAAUUGAUUGAAGAGAAUUUAGCGUGUGGAUUUUGGUCUUGACCAUCAAAAACACUUCGAUUGGAUCUCUGAAACGGGAAUGGGAGUAUCAGAUACAUUGAAUUACGUUCUGUUUUCUAAUCCCGUCAGCUCGAGUGCCGGUUCGUUUACGAAAACUGCUGCAUCAGCUGUUAUUUUUUAAUAAAAAAUAAGAGGAAUCAAUUUAUUUAUUGUUAUUGCCUGAUUUUUGGAGACUGGUCCCACCAGUGCCGAACAGCUGCAAAGUGGGGAUGACAUGGCGAUGAGGGGAAGGUGAUUGUGACCGACGCGCUGUCUCGUGCCGCCUGAGAGAACUUGUCCCCGGUUUUUGGCUUGACAAUACCUGCUUGUAUCAUACCUCAGCUGUCCGCCUCUCAUUCAACAGAACGAACAGAACAUCAGAAUAACUAAACAAACUUAACCCCGAAAACGAUCCUACCACAUUUUGUAAUUUACUACUAAUUAUAGAGCAGACCAGAAAUUUAUGAAAAUCGUUGAUUACGUGUAUCGAUUCGAUUGAUGAAAUAAAUUAUUUUUGUUCAGCUGACAUCGUUAAAGUGUACAAUGGAUCAGCAACAUCAUCAACAAUUGAGCAAUGCUCUGACAGCCGUACGCGUCCUCAGGUCAAGUGUUAGACAAGUAUUUGAUUCUGUGGCAAAUGGUCUGAGGUCGGAUCAUGGGGAUGAGAACAAGGAUUCCAAGUAUCUGAGUGAAUUACAGGAGUUGUUAUUCACAGCACAUGCCAAUUUGAGGGAUGUUGAGCAGGCUGUAGGCACUUUGAAUCCACCUCCAGGUCCAUUCAGCCUUGGCAGUACAACGUACCUCAGUCAGGAGACGAGUCAAGAAAGACAAGCAUUGUACAGUACUCUCGUAAACAGUUACAAAUGGUGUGACAAAGCUCACGAGUACAGCAACAUUGCUCAGGUCCUUCUCAGUCAAAAUUCAUUGAAAAGGUCGUACAUCAAUAGCGCCAGAUCCAAACGGGGACGAAUACAGACUAGUACUCAUAAUGUGUCAACUGCACAAGUCGAUACGAUGUUCAGCACCCUGGAUCGUUUGUUUCCUGAGAUGACAGUCACAAUAACUCGACCUUACGCUUCCAAUGCCAUCCUCAACGUCUCCAUAGGUCACAUCUUGAAGGGAGCAAUAGCCUUUAAGGGACUUAUGGUUGAGUGGGUGGUUAUUAAGGGCUAUGGUGAAACCAUGGACCUAUGGACUGAGUCACGUCACAAAGUAUUUAGGAAAAUGACUGAAAAUGCUCAUGCGGCGAUGCUACAUUUUCACUCUCCAGCACUACCUGAACUCGCCGUCAGAUCCUUCAUGACGUGGUUCGCAAGUUUUGCGACAGUAUUCAGUGAUCCCUGCAAAAAAUGUGGACUACAUCUACAUAGCGCCUUGCCACCGACCUGGCGAGAUUUCCGCACGCUCGAGCCAUUUCACCAGGAAUGCAAGUCAUGAGUGCAUCUGAAGACCCAUUCCGUCUGUACAUAAAUCAAUUCACUGAUAAAAAAAAACAAAUUAAAAUGAGCAGAAGAGAAAUGAGGAAAAAUAUCUGACUCCACUUCCAGCUGAAUGAAUUUCUAAAUAAACUAUUGAAUAAUGAAUUAAUUCCAGCACAAACAAUCGAUUAUUGUUAGUCAUCUUUAUUCAUUGAAUAACAAAAUUGACGAUAGUAUAAAGUUGAAGGAUUGGGAAUUUGUUUUUUUAUCAUUUUAAUAUAUUUUUUUUUCUUAAGGAAAAUUAUUUGCAUACUUGCGUUAACAGAUUUUCUUCUACUUCGAUUAGUACUUAUAGAAAGUUAUCUCGGUACAAUGUUGGAUUAUUUUUUUUUUCCUUCUCUCAUAUCUGUUCAAUACAGCUCACGGAAGUUGGUCCACACAGAGCUUCCUGCGAAUGAAAUAAAGUAAAAUAAUUUAUGAA